UGACUGCAUUUGGCUGAGAAAAUCACCAUACCACGUCGUAUCGCAGAUUAUCGACACUUCUUUUGAGCAUCGAGGGGGAAAAGUCCCGGUUAUCCCAGAGUUCAUUCUGGCCGGCACCACCAUUCCGGCCAAGGGGGAGGAGGACUUCCUUACGCUGGCCGCCACCCGGCUCAGCCGCAGGAAACGUGUCAUCGGGGCAGGAGUGGGCGUGGCCAUGGUGCUGGUUCUGCUGGUUGCCAUCCCCUUAUUGGUUCACACCACCAAAGGGGGCGCGUCUGGGGGCGGGAGCACCCACUAUGAGAUGCUCGGCAGCUGCAAGAUGGUGUGUGACUCUUUCACCCCCCCACAGGGAAGCCACGAGCUGACUGCUGUCUCCCCCCAACCCCCAGACUUCACAGGGAGAAGGGGCAAAUCUGGGUUUCGUGGGAGCCCUGGACCCCCUGGCCCCCCAGGCCCCAGAGGUCCCCCUGGAGAACCAGGCAAGCCAGGCCCCCCCGGGCCCGCCGGCCCGGGCCCAGGGGGCUACGUCCCCUCCUUCUACAGCCCCAAGAUUGCCUUUUAUGCAGGCCUCCGUAAACAGCAUGAAGGGAGUGAAGUGUUGAGAUUUGAUGACGUGGUGACAAAUGUGGGGAACUACUAUGAACCCAGCACUGGCAAGUUCACCUGCCCCCUACCUGGCAUCUACUUCUUCACCUACCAUGUCCUGAUGAGGGGCGGAGACGGGACCAGCAUGUGGGCCGACCUGAAGAAGAAUGGACAGGUGAGGGCCAGUGCCAUAGCCCAGGAUGCUGAUCUGAACUAUGACUAUGCCUCCAACAGUGUCAUCCUGCACCUGGACGUGGGGGACGAAGUGUGUGUGCAGCUCGAUGGGGGUAAAGUCCACGGAGGAAACACCAACAAAUACAGCACCUUCUCUGGCUUCCUCAUCUACCCUGACUGAUGGCAUUCACGCGUUACACAUCCACACACACAAACAUACAACCACACAAACAAACAAUCUCCCAGGCAAACAUAUACAGCACCUUCUUCAGGAUUCUCAUCCAACCUGAUUCUCUCUCUCUCUCUCUCUCUCUCUCUCUCUCUCUCUCUCUCUCUCUCUCUCUCUCUCUCUCUCUCUCUCUCUCUCUCUCUCUCUCUCUCUCUCUCUCUCUCUCUCUCUCUCUCUCUCUCUCUAUUGCUAAAACACACAUUAUUUAAAGGAACAGAUGCAGUGGGAAAAGGAAAAUGUAUAUUUGCUCUGUGUUUUUUAUGUCUUUAAAAGUUUGGAUAGUGGCCAAACCAUAACAUUCCAAACCAAGUGCAGUUAGAAGGCAUCUAAUGUGCAAGUGUGUAUAUAGAAAUGUUAAUUUAAUAUACACACCCACAUGUCCAUUCGUUUGUCGUGCUGCAGCACCCUUACUCCCCACGGCUAUGGGUCCGCGGAGGUACUGCAGGGGGUCCGGUCCGCCUGCAGGUCUAAAGAAAGUAUAUAUUUUACAUUUAAUUUAUUUUAAAUUAAUAUUACUGUGUUGUGUAAUUCUCAUGAUAUCCCUGAAUCACAGAUAUUUAAAUUAAACUAGCAUGUAAGUAUGUGGUGAUAAACAAGAAUUAUGUCAAGACAAAAAAAUAUAUCAUCUUGAUAUUGUGUAUAUUCUUAAAGUUACAUACACUCCCCUCCAUGUGUAUGUGGACAGUGAAGGAUUUUUUUUUUAAAUCCAGCAUUUUAGAUUUGAGAUAGAAUGUUUCAUGUAAGGCGACAGUGCAGAAUGUCACCUUUAAUUUUAGGGUUAUUUUCAUACAUAUCCGUUUUACCGUUUAGAAAUCAAAGCACUUUAUGUAUCAAAGCACUUUAUUUAUCCAUUUGAAUAAGUCAUAAGUAUUUGUACAAAUUCACUUAUUGUGUAUUAAAGUAGUCAAAUGUUAAAAGUAUUUGGUCCCAUAAUCCUUGCACACAAUGACUACAUCAAGCUUGUGACUCUAAAAACUUGUUGUAUGCAUUUGCCGUUUUUGUGUGUGUUUUGGAGAGAAAAAAAUUGCCCAAUAGGGACUAGAUACAAAAAGUGCUUUAAUUUAUUAACAGUAAAAGAGAUAGCCUAUGCUUGAAAAUACCCUCAAAUAAAAGAUGACAUUCUGUACUGUUGCCUCAUAUGAAACAUGUGUUCUCAAAUCCAAAAUGCUGAGACAAAUAAUAGAAAAAUAGAGACAAAUCAAAAAAAUGCAGCUUCACUGUCCAAAUACAUACGUAUGGAGUGGAGUGUGUAUAUUCACUUCUGAUGCACACACAUCUGUGUAUAUGAUCAGGUAUGUGGAAGCAUAUAUGACUCGCAUGCGUUACAUGCACACACACACACACACACAGAAAUGCACACACACACAGUGAUUAAUUGACUUCCCCUAUCUAGUGUUGCAUUGACAGGAGCUGACCAUUUCGACCACCAGUGUGGAAUUGAGUAAAAUAGUCUCAGAAUGCAGACUGUAAAUCGAACACUUCGAGCUUGGCUGCGAGGCCUCCCGCCUCCCUUCUUCGCUCCGAGAUGGAUUUCCAAUACGGCUGAAGACACAAAACGAGAAAAGUCAUGAAUAUAUUGAUCGGAGCUGAUAAUACACGCAACAUCACGAACAUCAUCCAGUAUGGUGUGUGUGUGUGUGUGUAAAGAUAAGGAUCAUGUUGUUGUUAGUUUUACCCACAUGGCCCCUGGCUACAGCUAUGGGGGGGUCCCUAACACAUAGGAUAUCAAUGAUGAGGCUUAUGGCAGACAGAAACAGUAUUUUUCCAGACCUUAUGGCGGAUGAUAGAGCAUCAUCAUGUUCCACUAAUGAUCCCAGACAUCCUGUGUAUAAACCCUCAACUGUUGGCGGGACUACUAUAGGAUUACUAUUCCUAUAUUCACUUUACAUUCAAUUGAUAACAUAGCAAUUUAAAAUGGGUGUCAAAUGCAUACACAGAGAUGGAGCUUAAGAUCAUACUGGUUAUUUGUAUAUAGAUGAGUCUUCUUUUCUUCAAAGGUAAAGCAGACGGUUUGUUUACAGGGUGGAUAUGGACAUUGAGGAUUCAUCUUGUACUCUGUACAGAACUAGUUUCACAUUUUCAAAUAUAUGCUACCGUAGAGUGUCUUCAAUGGAAAUGUGCAUCUUUGUGUGUUUUAUUGAAUGUACCAUACAUUACUAAUUGUAAAUGCAAUCCAAAUAUGCAGGUUCAGGUUGAUGCUGUCGGUCAAAGAUGUUAUGCAAACACUUGACAAAGUGGCAACGAGAAUCUAUAAUGUUUCACUUGUGUUAUCGAUCAGAAUGGAUUUCAUGGCAUUUUCAGUGUGGCGACAUUAUUAUCUUGUCAUACCAUAACAAAAUACAACUAUCUUUACAUCAAUGUAAAUGCCCUGCCUAGACAAUACCAUGAAAAACAGAUCCUCGUGACACGCAUCUGUAGUUAUAGCAUCAUACAUGUACCUAAUGUAAGUAGUUGUAUAUGUUACAGGACUUCAGAGGAGGGCUCUAUUGUAACAAGUAGUUGUAUUAGGAAAACCACAGAAUAAACCACUGCUGCAGCAGGGAUGAUACUGCUACUCCAUGUGUGUGCAUUAAUGUUACAACACAGUAUACCGGUGUGUGUCGAGUCUCAGGUCCAACUACAGGACAGAGCUUUGGGCUUGAUCUAGAGACAGAACACUGGUUAUUAUCAAACUGCAUCAGUCAGAUGAAAACAUUAUUCCUGUAUUAUACCUUAACGGACAGUAUUGCAACAAUGAUCUACCAUCUCAUUUACACCAACGUAAUGUACAGAUUAGUUUGUGUGUGAGUGUACAUGACCUCUCUCUGUGUCAGGCUGCAUUCUGCUGUGUUCCCUGGCAGUAAACAAUGUUAAAUAACUUACUGUUGAAAAAGAGACCUGAUUUUUGUUUUUGAACAGUAUCAAUUGAUUGUUGUCACUGUACCUUGCAAGCUGAGCUGUGUGUGUAUAUUUUAUGUAUAAUACUAAAAACUCAUUCCUAAGACUAUAUAUAAGACCUACAAUAAACCAAUGUGAAGACG